AUGAGUUUGCUAACAAUGUUUCACAUCCCAUUGUUACUGGUUAUGCUGGGAGCCAGUAUAACAGUGUCUGUCUAUGGUGUAGAUCUGCAUCAUCUCAACAAAGGAUGCCCACCCAGAAGCAUGGCAUUUCCACCAGUAGUGCGGGUCAGCCUGAAUAUCAGCGGGCAAGUCCAGAAUGUAGCAAAUGACAUCAGAAAGCGCUCCUCCUCACCCUGGGAUUACAGCCUUGAUAUUGAUCAGAACAGAUACCCCCAUGUCAUCGCUGAAGCUAAAUGCCAGCAUGAUGGAUGUUUGGAUUCUGAGGGUAACGUGGACUUCAGCAUGAAUUCUAUCCCCAUCAGACAGGAGAUGCUGGUCCUGCGUCGGGAGCUCAGAGGAUGCAACUACAACUUUAAAUUGGCAAAGAAGAUAGUUACUGUUGGCUGCACUUGCGUCAGACCCAUUAUCCAACAUAUAAUGCUGUUUGGAACUCUGACCAAGAACCAAAUGGUCACUCUGGUUGAGCUCCAGAUAUCAUGUGUAGAGAUGGGACAGUCAUCACUGCAACACUCCACUGAUUUGGGCUUUAUGGUCAGUGUGGCCAGACGGAAGCCUCUCCUCAUUGCAAGACACAUAAAAUCCAGCUUGGAAUUUGCAAAAAAAGCUCCCAAAGGACUUUCAUUCUAUGAGAAACAAGAUUCUCUUGUCUGA